GGAGAGAUGGGGCUGAGGUAGAGAGAAUGAUAGGGAAGGAGAGAUGGGGCUGAGGUAGAGAGAAUGAUAGGGAAGGAGAGAUGGGGCUGAGGUAGAGAGAAUGAUAGGGAAGGAGAGAUGGGGCUGAGGUAGAGAGAAUGAUAGGGAAGGAGAGAUGGGGCUGAGGUAGAGAGAAUGAUAGGGAAGGAGAGAUGGGGCUGAGGUAGAGAGAGUGACAGAAGGAGAGAUGGAGCUGAAGUAGAGAGAGUGACAGAGAAGGAUAGAUGGGCCUGAGGUAGAGAGAGUGACAGAGAAGGAGAGAUAGGGCUGAGGUAGAGAGAAUGAUAGGGAAGGAGAGAUGGGGCUGAGGUAGAGAGAGUGACAGAAGGAGAGAUGGGGCUGAGGUAGAGAGAGUGACAGAAGGAGAGAUGGGGCUGAGGUAGAGAGAGUGACAGAGAAGGAGAGAUGGGGCUGAGGUAGAGAGAGUGACAGAAGGAGAGAUGGGCCUGAGGUAGAGAGAGUGACAGAGAAGGAGAGAUGGGCCUGAGGUAGAGAGAGUGACAGAAGGAGAGAUGGGGCUGAGGUAGAGAGAGUGACAGAGAAGGAGAGAUGGGGCUGAGGUAGAGAGAGUGACAGAGAAGGAGAGAUGGGGCUGAGGUAGAGAGAGUGACAGAAGGAGAGAUGGGGCUGAGGUAGAGAGAGUGACAGAAGGAUAGAUGGGGCUGAGGUAGAGAGAGUGACAGAAGGAGAGAUGGGCCUGAGGUAGAGAGAGUGACAGAAGGAGAGAUGGGCCUGAGGUAGAGAGAGUGACAGAAGGAGAGAUGGGCCUGAGGUAGAGAGAGUGACAGAAGGAGAGAUGGGCCUGAGGUAGAGAGAAUGACAGGUAAUGAGAGAUGGGGUUGAGGUAGAGAGAGUGAUGGGGAACCACUUAGUGGUCUGACAAACCAAACUUAGUGGUCUGACAAACCAAACUUAGUGGUCUGACAAACCAAACUUAGUGGUCUGACAAACCAAACUUAGUGGUCUGACACACCACUCCUUGUCCUCGCCUGUAACCAGGCAUGAAGAGAUUAGUGCCAAAUUUCAACAAAAUAACAAAUGAUGAUGUAAUGAGUUGACGGUGUAACACAUUCCUUGUGUGCCAGGGGAGCCAACGAACCAAUACCCAAUGAGGCGUUUUCCACGGUGUGUGUGUGUGUGCCAGGGGAGCCAACAAACCAAUACCCAAUGAGGCGUUUUCCACGGUGUGUGUGUGUGUGCCAGGGGAGCCAACGAACCAAUACCCAAUGAGGCGUUUUCCACGGUGUGUGUGUGUGUGUGUGCCAGGGGAGCCAACGAACCAAUACCCAAUGAGGCGUUUUCCACGGUGUGUGUGUGUGUGUGCCAGGGGAGCCAACAAACCAAUACCCAAUGAGGCGUUUUCCACGGUGUGUGUGUGUGUGUGUGUGUGUGUGUGUGUGUGUGUGUGCCAGGGGAGCCAACGAACCAAUACCCAAUGAGGCGUUUUCCACGGUGUGUGUGUGUGCACGUUCACCUGGGGUCCCGUCAAUACACAGACACACACACUUCCCCUUGCCUGUCCCUGCACCACCAUUACUAGCCGUUUCCUAACCACUGAAUGUCUAUCUCCCUCUUGCCUCAUGUCUAUCUCCCUCUUGCCUCAUGUCUAUCUCCCUCUUGCCUCACGUCUAUCUCCCUCUUGCCUCACGUCUAUCUCCCUCUUGCCUCACGUCAAUCUCCCUCUUGCCUCACGUCAAUCUCCCUCUUGCCUCACGUCUAUAUCCCUCUUGCCUAAUGUCUAUCUCCCUCUUGCCUCAUGUCUAUCUCCGUCUUGCCUCACGUCUAUCUCCCUCUUGCCUCAUGUCUAUCUCCCUCUUGCCUCACGUCAAUCUCCCUCUUGCCUCACGUCUAUCUCCCUCUUGCCUCACGUCUAUCUCCCUCUUGCCUCACGUCUAUCUCCCUCUUGCCUCACGUCAAUCUCCCUCUUAUAUAUGCCAUUUAGCAGACGCUUUUAUCCAAAGCGACUUACAGUCAUGUGUGCAUACAUUCUACGUAUGGGUGGUCCCGGGAAUCGAACCCACUACCCUGGCAUUACAAGCGCCAUGCUCUACCAACUGUGCUACAGAAGGACCACCAGUACCACCAUUACUAGCCGUUUCCUAACCACUGAAUGUCUAUCUCCCUCUUGCCUCAUGUCUAUCUCCCUCUUGCCUCACGUCUAUCUCCCUCUUGCCUCACGUCUAUCUCCGUCUUGCCUCAUGUCUAUCUCCCUCUUGCCUCAUGUCUAUCUCCGUCUUGCCUCACGUCUAUCUCCCUCUUGCCUCAUGUCUAUCUCCCUCUUGCCUCACGUCAAUCUCCCUCUUGCCUCACGUCUAUAUCCCUCUUGCCUAAUGUCUAUCUCCCUCUUGCCUCAUGUCUAUCUCCGUCUUGCCUCACGUCUAUCUCCCUCUUGCCUCAUGUCUAUCUCCCUCUUGCCUCACGUCAAUCUCCCUCUUGCCUCACGUCUAUAUCCCUCUUGCCUAAUGUCUAUCUCCCUCUUGCCUCAUGUCUAUCUCCCUCUUGCCUCAUGUCUAUCUCCCUCUUGCCUCAUGUCUAUCUCCCUCUUGCCUCACGUCUAUAUCCCUCUUGCCUAA